GUAGCCGGUACAGGCUGUGUGGUUGCGGGGUUGGCGUGCUGAGGGUUGUGAUGUGUUGGUGCUGUCAUGGUGGGGGGAAUCCUUGUGGUUGUGGUGCGUGUAGCGCCUGUGGCCGGUGUAACUGGUGUGGCGUUACCUGAGACUGGUGUGAAUGGGAGCGGUGCCUGCCUUGUUCUGCUUCUCUAUGCGAUGUCUGGCUCUGCCGCGAGGACACUUCUUCUGCUGCUAUUUGCAGUCCCUGGUGUCUUGGCGAGGGCAUCUGGGAACAUUAUGCCAGUGAAUCUGGCCACGAACGGAAUGUUCCUGAGUGAUGGAUGGUCAGUGAGGCCAUCAACUGUGGUCAUCUUGUCAUCGAUGAGUCUGUCCAGAAGAUCCCUCGCGAUCUUCCUCAUGUGCAAGAAGGUGACUUGUGCGAGGACCGGUCCCUUCCAUUCCGUCUCCAACUUUUGCUGCAAGUCGAGCAUGCGGGUGACAUCCGUUGAAGCAACUGGGUCGAAGAAGUCCAGGGCGCAGCUGGGGUGCAAGGCGCUGGCAGCCAUAGCCGGGCUGCAGGAGGGCGCAAAAGGAGGUGAGGGCGAAGGUGGUCUUCGGAAGGAGGAGACGAUGAGUGGGAGUCAGGGAAGAGAAGAGGGGAGCUAUGAUGAGUGUGAGGCUGUUUUCAAGCGAUUGAAGCAUGCCCUCAUGAAUCAUGAGGUUCUCAUGGUGCCCGAUCCUCAGAAGCCUUUCAUUGUGACCACUGACGCAAGCCAAUACGGCAUUGGCGCAGUGCUGGCUCAGAAGGAUGGGAAGAAGUUGAGACCGAUUGAGUAUAUGAGCAAGAAAAUGCCAUCAAAGAAACUGGCAAAGUCCAUCUACGAAAGGGAACUCUAUGCCCUCUACAAGGCACUUGUCGAUUGGAGGCACUUUCUGUUGGGGCGGUUUUUCUAUUUGAGAACUGACCAACAGACCCUCAAAUGGAUCAAGACUCAACUUGCUCUUUCUGAUGCACUCAAGCGCUGGAUUGAGGUCAUAGAUCAGUAUGACUUCAAGCUGGAGUAUCUGAAGGGAGAGUACAACAAGGUUGCGGAUGCGCUGUCUCGAAGGGCAGACUACCUAGGGGCACUAGUUUCCGAAUUUGGCGUAUCUGAAGAAGUAACUCAAUCGCUGGUGGGAGCCUAUCAGGAAGACUCUGUCACGAUGGACAUCAUACGCAAACUGCAGGCGAAAGAUAAGGCCACAAAAGAUGAGUUUGUGAUGGUGGACGGGCUACUCUUUCUGGAAAAGGCCGGGCUUAAAAGGAUCUGCCUUGCUCAAGAUCAGAAAGGUGUAGAGGUGGGAGGAGGCCUGUGCAGGUGUUUAAGCGACCUAGAUGGUACGGUUAACGCUGUUGGAAGUGACGGAGUUCCUGCUGGUGCAGGUGCCUGAGUGAGCUUGUCGAGAGUCGGAGUCUCGUUCAAGUGAGGAGAAGUUCCGAGUUUUCCUGUGUAUAUGUAGGCAGUUUGGGUUGCCUAGGUGCGAUGAUC